AUGUCUCAUUCUAUUGAAGCCCGCCUUCGCUUCAUCGAGCACUUGCAUAUUCCUGCUGACCGUCAUGGUCGCAAGGGGUUACCCGAGGGGUCCGGUGCUGUCAAUGCCGGCUCGACCCAGUCGUUUGUGGGAAAUCUGUCUCAGCUUAACAAGGAGGAUGUCUUGAACUCCACACUGCUUGCCCAGCUUGCCGCUAACACGGCGAGCCCGGAUGACAAGACCAAGUGGUACAAGAAGUACAAGGAGGUCCUCGAAAAUCUCGGAUGGGUCGUCUCAGACAUCACGUUCAAAGAGCUUGACAAUGCCAACUCUUAUGGCUCUGUCGAUCAAGCCAUCCUUUCCAUUCUGAAGGGUUAUCUUGAGGGUAACGCGUUGGAGGUUUUCAAGGCCACGAUUGACGCCAUGAAAAAUCCCGUCAACAAAGGCGCUAACAACUUGUUCCAAACGAAUGCCUGGAAGGGGCAAAGUGCUGAUUUCCUGGUUGGUGUGGCCAUUGAAUCUAACAACGAUAUCCAGUUCCGUAUCGGAACCUACACUUAUGAGGCUCAGGGGUCCCGCGGCAACGUCCUCUUCUUCAAGUUUGGUAGCGAACGUGUCAAGUUCAUGUACUCCACGCAGAACAUGGUGUUGAACGAGCUGAUAUAUUCGAAGGUCAGGGCAGCGGUGAUCAAUAAGCUGGGCGGCCACAUCGAGGACUACAUCGACGACCUGGAUAUCGGACUUUGA